AUGCGGCAUGCGCUUCUGCCCUUCUUCCUCCCGCUCGCCCUCGCGACUGCAGCCCCGGACCUGCUCGCCGACUUCAUCCCACCGCUGACCGAGACCGCACCAACAUUGGACAAUGAGACAGUCGCCGACGGCACCCUCGAGCUCAUGAAGCGUCAAUCAGGCGGCUGCUCACAGGGCUACUACGCUUGCGUGAACCUCAACGCCCCGGGACUCUGCUGCCGCACGAACCAAAUCUGCGCUCUGGACAACGCCAACCAUGUUGCGUGCUGCGACCAAGGAAGCCAAUGCACCGGCACCAUCAAGCCCGUAGGAUCGCAACCGACGAACCUGCCGACCAGCUCCUCGUUCCCGCCCACGACAGUAACCACGCAGAACCCGUUCGCGACCAUCACGACGACCGCCAACCCGUCCUUCAUCCAGACGCCCAACACCGGCGCCUACGUCCGCUCGACGGUACCCAAUGAGUUCUACCCCUUCGCCUUCAUACCCACUACUUACACAAAUGCAGCCGCGUGUUCUUCAGCUUAUAGUACGUGCCAGGCAGAUGCUGCAAGCUGCACUGACGCUCUAGCAAACGGCCGCCAGGGCGUCACCGUGAGUGCGCCCGACGGCGCCGGCGCCGUCAUCACCGCUGUCCCGAGUCUGGGGCCCCUCAGCGCGAGCUCCAUAUGCCAGAGUCUCAGUAGUAGAGCCUGCUACGAACUCGACGUACGAGCCUGCGCGGCCUUUGGCACUGGCGGCGGCGGUGGUGGGGGAUCUGGCGCCGCGGGGGCGAAAAAGUGCAGAGAGCUGUAUGGCGGCGUUGGGGCUGGGAUCGCGGUCGUCGGUAUUGCGGGCCAGAUCUUUUAAGCUUCAACGUUGUGUCAUAGCAGGUUUCUUUGCACGUUUUUUUUUUCAUAUUUUGGUUCUCUGAUUCUAUGUCGAUAUGCGGGGAUUCUUCUUUUCAUUUUCUGAUUGAGGUAUAUAAGGGCGAGGGCUCUUUUUUCUUGGAUGCUUUUGCUCGCAUGGCGUAGGAGUUAGGUUAGGAUAAUGUAGGGUCAGUCGACGUGAGGUCGAUCACCCCCAACACCAAAAAAGGAGGGGAUGAUAAUGACUUUGCCCGAAAAGAGGGAGGGAGAACUGAAUUGAAUUGAAUUGACGAUGGUUUGGAGCAGAGUUGUGUCUUGGUUAUCUGGUGUGAAGUCUGACAUCAAGCCUUUUGAUUUUGACUAACUGGGUAUCUAUUCGAAGACAUCUAUAGAUGCUUUCGGUGUUACGUGUUAAGGGGUGGCUACCAUAUAACGGCAAGAGAAACGAUGAAGCCAACCAAGUCCGACGGCACUGAAAGUGCAAGAACAGG